UAUAUACACAUUUGUAUUUAUAUACAUUUAUUUAUGAUAUAAUUUCCAUCUCUCAGACAGAGAGGGUCUUGUGUCUCCUUCCCAGGAAAGUAGAUUGUGCUGGGAGGUUGACUUUAAUCCUAUCUGUUCAUGUAUUAUACAUUUAGGCACAUGCAUAUCUACAUUGGUCUGAGUCAUGAUAACAACUUAUAUCUUUGUUGUAUAAUUGUUUGAUCAAGCUUAAAUUGGUCAGGUUUUAUUUAGUGAUUUAUUUUAUACUAUUUGGUGAGAUAGCACAGAGUUUAAAUGGAAGAAUUUAAAACACAUCUGUAAGUAAUCCCUCACCUAACCUCCACAGAUUGCAUGAAACCAAAUAUUAGCAGUGCGGGUCAGAGUCUAGACAGAUGUGGUGUCCCUGUGGUAGGGUUUAGUGACGUCAGUGUCCGUGAGCAAGGUGGGUUGUCGGUUAGUUGAACUCUCGUCUAUAUUUACCUUUUAACCCAGACUGUCAGACAGAAUACGUAACAAGUAUUGAUCUUUGGACAAUUUAAGUAGAAAUCAUGGACUCUUACUGAUUUAUCUUGUGCAUGUUUUUUUUAGACGUAAAUAGAAAAGCGGAAGAGUUCUUGAGAAAAUGCAAAAGUUGUGCAUGCAACACGAUAUCCCUCAUACUUUGUGCAUUUUAACAUAUAUAGCAAACAUACUGACACUUCUAAAAAAUAUAUCUUUUAUGGUUCAAAGUCUCAUUUUUCCUCAUGAACCUUUUUAGCUUUUUACUUUAUAGUUAACACUUCUAGUUGUAUCAUUACCCUUGACAGGUCUGGUCAUACAUACAGUAUAUGAUGAUGACUUGCCUUCAUUAGCGAAAAUACACAUCUAAAUACACAGAAACCCACAACUCCCAAGCAGUCUUCUGCUAGUAUCAAUAUGAACAAAGCAGUUUUCUACCAGUGGCAGGAUGUGUGUGUGUCCAGGUCUUUUUCACAUCGAGGAGCGGUAUGCUGGUUAGAGGAUCUUUAACUGGUCGACUCAGUUAUUCAGAGGAUUGCGAAAGUCAUGAAAGCUCUGGAGGUGAGGCGUGGGUGCAGGGCGAGUUGGUAUGCAGUAAAGCAAGUUCUCUGGAGGCUGAUGUUUUCUCCAGUGAGCAACAUUUGAGUGCCUGCGCCGCGCAAAGUUUGAUCUGGGUCGGUGCUGCACCUGCCGAAAAACAAGCAAAUACGAGAUGAGUGUUCCAGAGGGUUCCGUUGAGAGCAGGAGUGCUGAUGCAGUCAUGGAUGGUAAAGCUGAGAGGAUCUCCACCCAAAAGGCUCCGUCAGACUCCACGAACGUAAAGACUCACUCCCCCCUCGUUCUCAAUGGAGAAGCCUCCACAGCUGAGCUCUGUGCAACAUCUGAGCUGGAGGAAGCCACUGAAGGCCUCUCCCUAGAAGCGCCUCAGUCAGUUCCCUCAUUGAAGACCAACGGACCAGCACCUCUGGCCCCAGCGGACGAGCUCUGGAGCACCAGCAGACACAAGGCAGUCAGGCUGAGGAUGGAGGGCUCGGGUCCGGCCUCAGAGACUCCCAUGACGGUCCAUCAGCUGUUCCUGCAGACCGUGAACACGUACGGAGAUCAUCCAGCCCUGGCUUCCAAAAAAGAGGGCCAGUGGGUGACCCUGACAUGGAGGCAAUAUUACAGGCAGUGCCGGGCAGCAGCUAAAAGUUUCCUCAAGUUGGGGCUGGAGCGUUACCAUGGUGUGGGGAUUCUGGGAUUUAACUCCCCCGAAUGGUUCAUCUCAGACAUCGGCUGCAUCUUUGCAGGAGGUCUGGCAACUGGAAUUUACACCACCAACUCACCUGAAGCGUGUCAGUAUGUGGCUGCCAGCAGUGAGGCCAACAUCCUGGUCGUGGAGAACCAGAAACAGCUCGAGAAAAUCCUGCAGGUUAAAGAUCAUCUACCUCAUCUGAAAGCCAUUGUCCAGUAUAAAGGCGAGCUGCAGCAGAAAGAACCAUUUCUUUAUACGUGGGCAGAGUUCAUGAAGCUGGGAGAGGAUGUGCCCGACGAGCAGCUAAAUGCUGUGAUUGACAGUCUUCGGGCCAAUGAGUGCUGUACUCUCAUCUUUACCUCUGGAACCACUGGAAACCCGAAAGCAUGCAUGUUGAGCCAUGACAAUCUGACGUGGACAGUCCAAAGGUCAGCUUCCAUGGUCAACUUAAAGUAUGCUGAGGAGGUGAUUGUCAGUUACCUGCCACUCAGCCACGUGGCAGCCCAGCUAGUGGACAUGUGGUUGUCUAUUUCUCAUGCUAUGACCACCUAUUUUGCAGAGCCAGAUGCCCUCAAGGGCUCUUUAGUAAACACGCUUAAAGAGGUUCGUCCAACUUAUUUCGUGGGGGUUCCUCGUGUGUGGGAGAAGAUGCAGGAGAAAAUGAAAGCUGUCGGUGCCAAGGCCUCCCCGAUGAGGAGAAGAGUGGCGGGCUGGGCCAAGUCCAUAGGCCUGCGGUACAACUACAGUGUCAUGAACAGGGAGACUCGGGUGCCUUGGGGUUUCAUGCUGGCUAAUAAUCUGGUAUUUAAGAAGGUCCGUGAAUCGCUGGGCCUGGACCUCUGCAGGUUAUGCUUCACGGGCGCUGCGCCCAUCACCAAAGACACUCUAGAGUUCUUCAUGAGCCUGAACAUCCCUUUAUUGGAGCUAUAUGGCAUGAGUGAAAGCUCCUGUCCACACACCAUCUCCACUGACAUCAAUUACCGCCUCACAAGCUGUGGAAAAAAGAUGCCGGGCAGCAAAACGAAGCUGGAGAACCCAGAUGAGGACGGGAGUGGAGAGAUAUGUAUGUGGGGUCGGCACGUCUUCAUGGGCUACCUGGACAUGCCGGAUUUAACAGCGGAGGCUCUCGACCAGGACGGCUGGCUGCACUCUGGAGAUCUGGGACGACACGACCAGAAUGACUUCCUGUACAUCACAGGAAGGAUCAAGGAACUGAUCAUCACUGCAGGUGGAGAGAACGUCCCUCCGGUGCCCAUCGAGGAUUCAGUGAAGGCCGAGGUGCCCAUCAUCAGCAACGCCAUGCUGAUCGGAGACAAGCUGAAGUUCCUCUCCAUGCUGCUCACGCUCAAAUGUGUGGUGGACGACAACGGCGAGCCGACAGACGAGCUGAGCCCCGAGGCCGUGACGUUCUGCAAGCAGCACAACGUCACGGCCACCAAGGUGUCAGAGAUCAUAGCCAAUAAGGAGCCAGCUAUCUACAAGGCCAUACAGGAAGGCAUGGAGCGCGCCAACGCCAGAGCAACGUCCAACGCCCAGAAGAUCCAGAAGUGGGCGAUACUGGAGCGAGACUUCUCCGUCAGCGGAGGAGAACUGGGACCUACCAUGAAACUGAGGAGGCCCAUUGUUGUGAAGAUGUACCAGGAGAAAAUAAAUGAAGUGUAUGCUGUGACCACAGAGAGACAGUAGAGCACAGCAUUGAGAUGAGAUAAUACCCGGGUCAUGUUUUAUGCUGCCCGGACGUCAUGUUGACAAAUGUGUACAUUUCUUUCACCUGAAUGUUAAAUGUGGAAAAAUAUUUUAAUAUGUUUUUGUUUGUCUGUUUCAAAUCGAGAUCACAAAUUAGCCUUAAGGGCUUUACAAUGUUUACACAUACGACAUCCAUUGUCCCAGGACCCUCAAGUCGGGACAGGAAAAACUACCCACAAAAAUAAGUUAGGAAAAACAGGAUGAAACCUUAGGGGGAGCAGCAGAGAAAUGAUACCUCUCUCAGAAUGGACAGAAGUGCAAUAGAUGUCCUGUGUCACGUACAAUUUCAAAGCAGCUGUGCACUUUUUGAAAAUAAAAUAUCCUAAUCAGAGCCAAAUUGUGCCAUUUACCAGGCAUGAAAAUCCCUCACCUUUCGGCGAAAUCCGCCGUUUUGAAACCAAAAUAGGUGACUUACGUGAAUCGUGUAGAUCCGAAGAGUUUUUGUUUUGGGGUGGGCGGUCAUUUGGCCGGCCGGCCGGCGUUUCUGAGAUUGGAGUGGGACACAGAGAAAAUGUGAUGUGGUGCUCUUCGCAAUAAAACAUAUUUGAUGGGA